UGAUUGGUAUGUCUUGAGCUUCACAUAUUAAAUAAGGAAAUCCAUUUUUAUAAAUAAUUCUAUAAAAGAAAAUAGAAUUGACUGCAUCGAUGGCCAUUGAUUAUUUUUGGAAAAAAAAUAUAAUUUAAUACGUGUUGAGUCCCCACUUAAGUCAUUUAAUAUUGAUUUUUAAUCAAUUAAUUUCUAAACAUAAUUAAUGAUGUACUACAUACAUGUAGAACGAUCAGCGUCACCCUACGGUGGUGGAUAUGACUUAUGAGUGGAGAGAGCGUAUUGGAUAGAAACAUACAAAAACCUUUCUUCGCCGAAUCCUUCUUCGAAGGAACCCUCCAUUUUCUACUCUAGGGAGCAAUGCCUCAAUUUUGGAUUAUUUUGGCUGGAUAACAAAAUAAAUUGUAGGCAAUGGGAGGGUGCUGCUGUUCUUCCAGAAAAGCUCAUUUGCAUGGAGCACCUGUAUAUUACUAUUACCCCCCACCUUUGGAAGAGCAAGACUCCUUGGCAUCUCACAAUGGUCUGCAGUCCGAAAUCACUGCAGGACUCUUGGUUCAUUUGGAUCUGGACACAUCAACACCUGAUACUUACCAUCCUCCUCCUGCGCCUUUGCCAUAUGAUUUAGUUUUUGGUUGUCCAGUAUCAACUGAUUCUGAGUCUUCUAAAGAAGAAACAAUUAGCUGUAGCAGUUUCAAAACUUCAGCUACCUGUGUAGAUCUUGAGGACGCAGACUGCAAAGCUAAUGCAAAUUCCUUGGAUGUCUCGUCAAAAAUGUUGGAACUCUCAAAACCACAAGACCUUAAUAUUUUACCUAAAGAAGAAGAGGAUGCUUGUCCCAUCUGUCUUGAAGAGUACGAUUCAGAGAAUCCAAAAUUUGUCAUGAAAUGCGAACACUAUUUUCACCUGUCAUGCAUUCUUGAGUGGAUGGAAAGAAGUGAUGCCUGCCCAAUAUGUGACCAGGUAUGUCUACUAAAACAAUUAACUCAUGCCCUGAUGUUACUGUACUUAAUAAGUGGAAUGUUCAGACUUGAAUUGAGAGCUGUGCAAUUAUUUUGCUUAGAAUUUAUGUUUUACAAUGUUACAGGAAAUGGUAUUUGAUCAGACUUCCAAUUAAUAGCUCUUUAGUACUUUGUGAGACAAACAAUCAAUGUUCUCCUUGAAACUACAGAAGCCCUACUCAAUGGCUAGGUGAUUGGGAUCUGCAUUCUCAUAAAAAAUCCUGCUCAUAUUUAGAUGUUUCCAUCAGUCAUUCUUCAGUUGUAAAAGGUGAAGUUCACUAUAAAAUGUCUAAAAGAUUUGCUCGUUGUUUUGCUGCAAUGUGUAGAGGGUCAUAUCCAGUUCUCUCAAUUGGAUCCAAAUAUCAUAAGUUGAGUAUUUGGAGAAGAAAUACUUAGGAAUUAUCUGAAGGUGGAAAAGUAAUAGUGAAUGCUGCCUUCCAACCCUUACCUGUUUCUGCAUUGGUCUUGUACAUAACUUUUUUUGUUUCUUGUUGUGUGUCACAAUUUGAUUCUUUCUCUGGCUUUAGUAAUAUUGAUUGGUGUAUCAAAAGCACACUCCGAUCUCAAUAGAUUGUUCUACUUGUUCCAAGGCCGCCUCGGCCUUCCA